GUAUAAAUAGUGGUCUAAUUUAUAUCUGACAUUCAUUUAUUGUGUAUAAUAACUGUAAUAAUAAUCUGUUGUUAAAAAUGAAGUCAACAGUAAUUUUGCUCUUAAUUCUCACUUUUGGAUCAAAACAGAUAUAUUCUGAUAAUCCAAAAGUGGCGGCAAUGAAGAUGUUUAAGGCGCUAACAAACCCUGAUGUUUACGACAAAGACAUGUCACCUCAAUUGGGAGAAAAUGCACCUGUAACAGUUAACGUGACCAUGUACGUGAUAGAGUACGAACACAAUCCAUUGGCCAGAGUGAUGAACGCAAUGGUAUAUUUCCGUCAGCGUUGGACUGACCGGCGAUUGUCUUCGUUGAGCGCCGAAGUUAUUGGAAGUCAAUCACUGGCCGAUCGGCUUUGGAUUCCCGACACCUUCUUUAGCAACGCUAUUGACGUGAAGGUCAUGUCUUACCCGACGGACAACGUCUUCGUUGCCAUAUAUCCGGGCGGAGGCGUCCAUCACAGCCAAAGAAUACAGCUAACACUUCGGUGCAAAGGACCGCCGCCUCAGACCCACAAAAACACCAAAACUACCGACAUUUGUCUCAUUGAUAUUGAGUCGUACGGCCAUAAUAUGACUGACAUUGAGUACGAUUGGGGUAAUCGGCCGAACUCGGUCGGUAUUGUUGAUGGAUUUGACCUUGGUCAUAAAUUUCUUCUGGCUGGCAUUAAAAGCAAGACCGAUCGGAUACAAUUAAGCACAGGAAAAUAUUCAAAACUUAUGGCAGAGUUUGAGUUUGUGUGCAGAGACUGUUCGCCCAAGCAAUCACUUGAUGCGAUGUUGCAUGGUCAUUAAAUUGUAACAAUUGUCAUCGAUG